AUGAGUAAGAAACAAAAUUCUAUCUCUCUUUCCAUUGCUGAGGCGGAAUAUAUAGCUGCUGGGAGCUGUUGCACACAGCUAAUCUGGAUGAAGCAACUUCUUGCUGAUUAUGGAUUUGCUCAAGGGAUGAUGAUUGUCUACCGUGAUAAUACUAGUGCCAUCAAUAUCUACAAGAAUCUGGUUCAACAUUCACGGCCGAAGCAUAUUGACAUUCGUCAUCAUUUCAUCCGUGACUUGGUGGAAACCCAGGUGUUUGAGGGGGAACACGUGGCAUGUCCGGACACAUCACUUACUUGUAGGGACAUGCGUGUUCUCAUUAGCCCCUUCGAAAGUCUUAAACCACAAAAUCCAUUUUUUUUCUUUCUCUCCUCACUCUCUCGGCCACUAUUUCUUCUUCUUAAAAGUUUUUCGUGCAUCUUUCAUUUGUGUGGUUCAAGCUUCCAUUUUCAAACAUUUCUCUUUCCUUGUUCUCCUAAGAACAUUGUGUAUCCAAUUUCGGAAUCCACACCUAGGAGGAAGCGCACUCGCAAAGAAAAAGCUAUUUUACAAGACAAAAUUCUGACUCGCAAUAUUGUGAUUGAGCGUGGAGUGGAGCAAAAUGAUCUUCUUGUUGAACCUGUCUGGUUCAUCUAUGAUAUAUUCCACGACAACCAAUGGAAAUCAUUCUUCGUACCUGUGAGUGCAUACACUAGGUUAGUUCGGGAAUUUUAUUACAACAUCGAGGCUAUUGAUUUGGUUUGUGAACCAUCGUUCAAGACCAAGGUUUCAGGGAAAAUUCUCACUAUCACUCCAAGUUUGAUAAGUGAAGUCACUGGGAUUCCCUUAACAAAUGACAAGCCACUUCCUUUUCUGGAGACCAAGCCACAACCAUCUAAAGUUGACAUUAUGGCAGUUCUUAAUCCUGGUGGGGAGCUCGAGUGGGACAGCAACAAGACCAAAAUUCCUAUUGGAUAUGUGCGGGGUCCAGAGCGGCUAUUAACUUGGAUUGUGCUUCAAAAUAUCUGGCCUAUCUCUCACAACAAUCAUGUGCCCCUUGACCGAGCUAUCAUGAUAUACCGCAUUAUUCGGCGUGUUCAAUUUUGCUUAUGUACUCAUAUGGUGCAGACAAUGCUUGAGCUUCAUGAGGACCAUUCUAUUGCAUUACCAUAUGGUGGCCUCAUAACUAAGAUAUUGAAAGCCACACUGCCUAAAAUUGCUGCAACUGAACAUGUGGAAAUUCCUGAAGGAUAUUUUGGCAAAGGAACAGUGAUGAAAUCAAAUGCUCAAAUUCAAAGGUUCCAACCUCAAGGAGAACCUGCUCCUCCAGUUAUUCCUAACCCACAAACCACAUCUUCCUCAGGGUCAUCAGAUGUGUCAAGUCAAUUGAACACAAUCAUUGAAUUACUCCAAUCUCAAGGCCAAAGCAUCGAAUCUAUCAAGAAACGACUUGCGGAUCUGGAGUAAGAUCUGAAGCACAUCAGGAACAGUAAAUGACAAGACUGCUCUUUGACAUUUAGUGCU